CCGAAGCAUCCUCAGUCGUCAAUGUUCGUCCGAUCCGUUUUGUUCGGGUUUUAUUCGGUCAAAUUUACAACUGUGCUAAACGGAACAUCUUCUGCGCUUCCAGUGUGUUUUUUCCUGCUCCGUUACCACUAAACUUCGACCAAUUUUGAACUUUGACUCCCCCGAUUUUGAUAACGUUUGCACAACUAACCCAAAACAAUGGGAAAUAAAUCAUCGCUGCUGCUACGCGAAGAGGAAAUCGCUCAGAUUCAUGAGGAGACGGGAUUUACUCCAAACCAGAUCGAGCGUUUGUAUUCGCGAUUCACUUCGCUGGAUCGCAGUGACUGCGGAACAUUGACCCGGGAGGAUUUCCUGCGCAUCCCGGAGCUGGCCAUAAACCCGUUGUGUGAACGGAUCGUUCAUUCGUUCUUCGCCGACAGCAGUGACGACCGGGUCAACUUCCGCCAGUUCACCCAAGUGUUGGCCCACUUCCGGCCGAUCAAGCCCAACAAGGAGAACAAGCUGAACAGCCGCGAGGAGAAGCUCCGCUUUGCCUUCAAGAUGUACGACUUGGACGACGACGACAAUAUCUCGCGGGACGAGCUGCUGAGCAUUCUGCAGAUGAUGGUCGGCGCGAACAUAAGCCAGGACCAGCUGAACAGCAUCGCCGAGCGGACGAUCGUCGAGGCGGACUCGAUGGGUCAGGGCAAGAUCACGUUCGAGGACUUUUGCCGUGCCUUGGAGCGCACCGACGUCGAGCAGAAGAUGUCUAUUCGGUUCCUGAACUGAAGCCGUCGCUCGUGGUGUGAUUGGUUUGCCAAUUUAGGGCAAUCGUAGGGUUCUUGUUAUUGGAAUGUAUUUAUUUCGAAAAUUGGAACUAAUGCACACGACGAGCGAAAACUGGGCGGUAAAUUGAAUACGAUUGAUACGGGACGUUUCCAAAGAAGAUAAUUUCAAUGUUUGUACCUACAUGAUGUGUAAAAGUAUGUAUAAUUCGGUGCAUGCCGUCUACAGAGGUUUACCUCUGUGAUUAUGUCAUAUGUACCGGAGCUAAGUGUGUAGUAAGUGAAUUAACAGAAAGAGUAUUACAAAUAAAGUUAGAUCUAGCAUGUGUGUAUCCAAAUCAAAAA